CUGUCUUGCCUAGUCUGUGCCAUAAAGGGACAAUAAGAGUUUCAGAAUAUAUUUUUAGGAAUAUUGAAGUGGAAAUCAAAUACAUAUAGAAUAUAGAUAUAGAUAUAUGAAAGGUUUUGUUUGUUUCUUUUAGUAAGGGAAACGUGUCAGUUUUUAUUAUAGACAGAAGCGUAAGGACCUUACAAAUCGAACAAAUCAUCGAGAGGACCAAACAGCGAAGCUAACGUAGUGCAAGUUGGUGUUUUAAUUUACCGUUCUUACUCUUUUGGUAUCAUCUAAAUUGCAAGGGAAAAUAAGGUUGAAUACUUAAAAUGGGGAUGAUUGUAUCCUUUCUGCAACCCAAGGAUAAAGUACCCGAUUUCAUAGAAUUCACAGCAGAAGAUGUAACCAACAUAAAACGGACAUGGGUACUUCCGCAUGAACAUCCAAUGGACGUUGGCGAGAAAAUUCUCUACAAAUAUUUCGAGACAUUUCCGGUCUAUCAAGAGUUCUUCGAGCACUUCAAAAAUUACCCUUUAUUGACCUUAAAGGGUGCACCUGGUUUUCGAACACAUGCCGGUCGAAUGAUUCGAGUUUUCGAUAGCAAUGUGGACGUCCUGGCCGAAGGAAACAUUGAAACGGAAAUGGAGAAAAUUUGGCUACCGAUUGCCCGGAGUCAUUAUCGACGAGAAAUUCCACAAAAGGCUUUUCGGGAUUUUAGAACUAUUGCGGUCGAAGGACUUCAAGAAUUGUGUAACUUAACGGAGGCCGAAUGCAAAUCGUACAAAGUAUUUUUCAAUAACGUCCAUCAUGUUGUAUUUGAAGGACUAGAGGCUGUGGCAAAACUUGAAGGACAUCACCAUCAUGCUCAUAACAUAUAAUCUGCAAUGAAUAGAUAAGCCAAUACGGAGUUCAUACAUUUUAUUCGCGAGUUGGAAUUUUCGCAGCCUGUAAUGAUGCUCACCCUUUUUACAACCAACACAUAAUGCAAGGACUAAUUGGAAAAUAAAAAAUCAUCAUUUUUGUUAAAAAUGCUUUGUUUAUCGAUUAUUUUUUACAUAAUAUAAUAUAAAUAAAAUAUAAUUUUUCCCUCAAUUGCAAAUAACAAUAUCUAUACUUUAUAGAAUAAUUAUUUAGUAUCUAUUCUAUGUUAUUCAACAAUAACAUACUAAAUCUGAAAGACUAGUGCAACUAUUACAUGUACUGAAUAAGAAUUUAUAUACUAAAAAUGUUUACUAAAUAAAAGAUAUAAAAAGAUCCGAACUUAUUACGUAAUGAAUAAUUAAUUAUUUCGAUUCAGCUUCACAUCCAAAACUAAUUAACUAAAGCAAAAUCAUCAAAUAAUAAGAAAGGAUCUAAUGAGACGAGAUUUUCAUAUGGCCCUACUGGUAUCGCAAUCAAAAAGUUGGCGUGUAUGAUGUUUCCGAAAAUAUGCGGCGUCCUGUAUACUGGGGUAUGGAACAGAUUGUUCCCGAAAUAUCGAUAUUUGCUUUAUAAAAUAAUCACUACUGGCUUGGUGCCAGUUUGUGUAAGCGGAUCUACACAAACCGGACACCGCAAAUCAGUGA